CUUCGAGUACCUACUUGGUAUCGUAUUAAAAAACGUUUAACAUGAUGGCGGUGAUUUAUUUUUUAGUUUUCAUCAUUUUAAGAUCAACUACAGCAUGGUCUGAUCCUCUCGAUGGUAUGUCAUCUUCUUCUAAAGCCAAACAGCCCAGUAAUAUGCAAAUCGAUCACGUUCAGUUCUUGAUCAAUGACAUGAGCAAAUUGUAUCUAAAGGACAGGUUUUCGGAUGUUGUUUUGGUUGUAGAUGAUAUAGAAUUGCCUGCCCAUCGUUUUGUGUUGGCUUCACGCAGUAAAUAUUUCAGCACCAUAUUGUUUGAAGAUAAAGAAUCCCUUCGGUCUGAGGUGCAUAUUAGUGGAGUAACAUCAACCUCGUUUAAAAUACUUCUUAAGUACAUCUAUACCGGUCGGAUGAAUUUAAGUGAUCUAAAGGAUGAAGUCGUUUUGGAACUAUUUAGUAUUUCGGAUAUCUUUGGUUUUCCAAACUUACAACACUCUCUGUCCAAGUAUUUGCGUAGUAACAUUAACGUAGAUAAUGUAUGCUCGACGUUUGCUAAGGCGCGACUUUAUCCAUACAAAGAUCUCCAAGACGAAUCACUAAUUUUUAUCGACAACCACGCAUUGGAUGUAUUGCGAUCUAAAGAUUUCCUAUCCUUGUCACCCGAAGCUCUACAAGAAAUUCUCAUUCGUGACUCGUUGCAUGCAAACGGAUUGGGUAAUAUAUCCCGUGCUGUUGGUCGCUGGAUCGAAGAGCACCAAAACCACCUAGAUGCCUAUACUAAAAUCAAAGUUUUAUCGGCGGUCAGACUUCCAUUGAUGAAUGUUGAAGAAUUCUCUGAGGUUAAGGAAUCAAAACUGGUUGGUUUGGAUGCUUUACAAUUUAAAAAAGCGUGGCCACCACAUAAACCGCAAAAUCUGGUAGUCUCCAGGGAUACUAAAAUCCGACAUCGUAUAAAGACGAUCACGCGGUAUGAAAUUAAAGGUGAAUAACGAAACAGUUGAUGCCAUAUCAGAAACAUCGUUUCAAUUUCCUGUCAACCAAAUUUAAAUUAUAAGCAUGUUUUUAUUCCUUGUGCGCUUAUCAAUAUUGAC